GCUGGUUCGGUUCGAGUGAGCGGAUUGGGUCGUUUCUCGUGACUGGUGGUGAAAUGGUGUACCGGCUGGACGAGAACUAACCUGGGCAGGUUAAACGUCAGGUGUAUUAAAAACAGCUUCAGGCUAAAAUAUUACUGGUAAAACCCAAGCGCUGCUUUCCACUGAAACCCAGCGGAGUAGCGACAGAAUCCACGUAAAUAUGGGGGAAGCAACCGAGAGCUCGGUGAAGAGAGAGAACCAGGACGCGAAGGAUGAAGAUACAGUGAAAUAUUACACUCGCGAGGAGGUGCAGAACCAUAACAUGAGCAAUGACACAUGGCUCAUCAUCCACGAUAAAGUUUACGAUAUCACACGUUUCAUGGAGGAGCAUCCAGGAGGUGAAGAAGUUCUGCUGGAGCAAGCAGGUGCAGAUGCUACAGAGAGCUUCGAGGAUGUGGGUCAUUCCACAGAUGCCAGAGAGAUGCUCCAGCAGUAUUACAUCGGUGAACUUCAUAUGGAUGAUCGAAAUAAAGUGUCAAAAAAGGAAGUUUACAUCACAACUUCCAAAGACUCCAGGUCUUGGAGCUCCUGGUUAAUUCCCGGCUUGGCUGCUGUGCUCGUGGGCUUCAUGUACCGUUACUACAUGUUGGAGCACAGAUCCUCCUGAACUCCUGCAAACUUUGUCACUGCUCUAUGUUUCUCUUGUCUGGAGGCCUUGACUUGUUUGAGUGAGUGAGUCAGCAAGAUCACUCUCUAAACUCGUGCCCAUCUUCUCUUCUUUAGUUUCCACUCGACUGGCAAUUUGGAGAAGCUCCAAAGCCCAUAGGCUAUUCUUUUUGCCAAAAUUCGCAGUUCUGUUUAACCUGCAGGACUUAACCUGCAGCAUUAUCUUGGACACACUUUCUAUUAUCAGAUUGGCAUGUUUUUUUUUAAUGUUCUUGGAAAUGACUUCAACUCCUUUAAAUGAAUCUAGAGUGUAUUUGGAAAGAUCAGGUCCUUCAGGGAUGGUCCAGCUUUUGAUGAUGGAUUUUAAUUCACUGAACAUUUUGACAAAUCACAUGUCCACAGCCUUGACAUAGCUGCUUAUUUAUGUUUGUCAGUGAAUUGCUUUGGGGUUAUUACCUAAGGAUUUUUACCAAAUGAUUCAAGAAAGAUGCAUCUCCAAGAGAAGAGAAUAGCAAGAGUCGACUCGUUCUAUUAAAAAGAAAUUUCUAUUUUAAAUAUAACAUGUUUAUAGGGAUAGUUUUCUGUCGUUCUGUCAAAUUUAGUCAAACUUGAAUGACUUUCUUCUGUGAAAAACACAAAGUUGCUUUUAAGAAUGUUUGUAACCAGUUUGACUUCCAUUGUAUGAAAAAAAGAAAAAAGAAACAAAAAUUGUUCCACUGAAGAGAGUCAUUUGAACAGACAUGAGGGUGAUAAAUGAUGGCAGAAUUUCCAUUUUCGGGUGAACUCAGAAAUAUUAUAAUUGUUUCAAAUGUUGUCAUCUAUUUUGCAUGAAUGUCAUUCAACGUCAGACAGCGUGCAAUUGCUGAAAUUUGUCACAGAGUUACAGUCAUACAGUGCUUUAAUAUUAUAGGUACGCUUUUUCUUACAAUGAAGAUUUCUAUAGCGUGGUGCCGUUAUUCAGCCUUUUUGUAAUAAUGCAUUUGAGAGAUGGUUAAAAGUUUUUUUUUUUUUUUUUUCUGAAAACAUUGUUGGUGAGAACAUUAGUUUUGGGAAGUGUUUGAUACUUGAAUAGCUUGUAGAUCACCUGUUCAUAUAUUCAUUAUGCAUAUGCUUCUAUAAUGAACUCUUCUUAGCAUUUAGCAAGAUUAGCACUUGCAUGUGGUUUAUGCCAGCUCUACUUGCUGUAGCUUAAAGGGCACGUCGUGAAAAAUCAUCAUAUGCAAGUGUUGCCUUUUAAAUUCAAAAGCUUAAGGAAAACCAAAAUGUUUGUUUGCUUCUUUUGUGUACUUGUUAAGUCUUGCAUUUAUUUUCCAAACAAUAUUGCAUUUAAAUCAGGUCGUUUUUAAUGAAACACACUGAGUGAGUCAUUAUUAUGCAGUUAUAUAGUCAUUUUUUUUUAAUAAACCGUAUUAUCGGAAGAUAUUUCAAGUUAUAUCUGAUAUUUAUAUUUUAAUGAUGGAGGGAAAACAACUCAGUCCUGAACUGAGAACAAGUUAUUGUUAGGAUCUAGAUCCCCGUCUGCUCUUUUAGCUCGACAACAGGAAAAAUCACGGUUCAUGAUGAUAAAUGUAUUUAUAUAAACAAAUAUAAAUGUAUUUAUAUGUCGGAUUAAGAUUAUCUGUGUUAUGUCAUCAUGAAUACGACUGACUUGCUGAAUCUGUGUGUUUGUUAAAGGUUUUAAUAAAUGUUUAAAAAUGCAAA